GGAGAAGAGACUUGGGAACUGGAGUGUCUUGGAGUCUCAACCCCAGUUUAGAGCUUCGUUACUGAAAGUAAUCAAAGGAACAAGGUCUUGGAAAGAGGUAAAGCAGGAAUCUUGAAACGUCCCUAUUCAAGAUCUCCCAUCCAGUCAGACAUGGAUGUUGGAUGUUACCUGAAACGGAUUGGAUUCCAAGGUGUCUCUACCUGCCCUUCUUUGGAGACCCUCAAGUGCCUCCACCGUUCCCACCUCUUCUCAGUACCCUUUGGGAGCCUCAGCAUCCAUUGUAAAGAGCCCAUCACCCUGGAAUUGCCUCGUCUGUAUGAGAAGAUUGUUCAAAACCACCGGGGUGGUUUUUGUUAUGAGCUGAACGGACUUUUCCAGUGGUUGCUGCACGUGUUAGGAUUUCACACCAAAAUUAUAGCUGCACGUGUUUGGAACCGCUUCACGCAGUGCUACGGUCCUCCGUUGGACCACUUGAUCACUUUGGUAGACUUGGAUGGGCAGCAGUUUCUGUGCGAUGUUGGGUUUGCAGAAGGUUUCCUGGAACCAUUAGAGAUGAAGCCUGAGGUGGAACAAGUUCAAGAAGCGGGCGUAUUUUGGUUGAGCCUGGAAGGAGCUACCUGGGUACUGGAACGUCGGGAAAUUUCUGGAGAGAGGGGAAGAUUCCUCUAUAAAUUCACCCUAGAGGAGAAGAAACUAGAAGACUUUUCUGACAUGUGUCUUUACCACCAGACCUCACCUUGUUCUAUCUUCACCUGCAAAUCCUUUUGUUCCCUGCACAAAGCAGGUGGUGGACGUCUGACCUACCUGGGCCAGCGCCUAAUUUUCACCAUGGGAAGGGAACGUACCGAAACGUUCUUGCAGAACUCUGAUAUCCCAACCGUUCUCUUUGAUAAAUUUGGGGUCAGCCUGAAGAACUUUGAACCAAAGGAUGAAAAAUUCCUGCCACCUCCUCAACAAGGUUCAUUAGUGGGAGAAGCGAACGAUGAUCUCUUUUAGAUGGUAAUGAAAUAUAGAAUUGGGCAGGCUGAUCUAUUAAGGAUUUAUUGCCACCUCUUCAACAAGAUUGAUUAGUGGGAAAAGCAAAGGGGGAUCGCUUUUAGAUUGUAAUGAAAUAUGGAAAUAUGGAAUUGGGCAGAUUGAUCAUGUUAAAGAUCAUGCCCAAGAUCGUGCUUGUGAUUCUGUAAAGGGUUAAGAGACACUUCAACUGAUUUAAGUUUGGAUAUCCUACUGAUUAGCAUUUUAGUGUUGUGGCAAUUGCAGUAUCAUCAUUUAGAUUUAUAAGGAACCUUGAACAUGAUUUUGCCUGUACUUGUGCACUUAUCAAUGACUGCUACAUAAAAGAUGAAUCCAGA